AUGGAAAACCUUUUCCUAUAUGUAAUAAGUACACUGGAGCUCAUGGUAGCAGAGGACUAUAUGAUAGUCUAUCUAAAUGGAGCCACUCCACGAAGAAAGAUGCCAGGCUUAGGAUGGAUGAAGAAGUGUUAUCAAAUGAUAGACAGGCGGCUAAGGAAGAACCUAAAGUCAUUCAUAAUUGUUCAUCCAUCAUGGUUCAUCAGAACUAUAUUAGCUGUGACACGGCCUUUCAUAAGUUCCAAGUUCAGCAGCAAGAUACAAUAUGUAUCCAGUUUAGCUGAGCUCCGAGAACUUAUUCCAAUGGACUAUGUGCAGAUUCCGGAAAGUAUUAUCAAGUAA